UUAAAUUUUUGAAUAAUUGUACGUUUUUGUGUUGAUUCUCCCCUGAAAUUAGUAAAUAAACUUUUUUCUGCUUUUAAAAUUGAAAAAUUAUUAAUUACACAAAUUGAAUGUAAUAUAAAUGAUUCAAACGUGCUGAAUAUUAAGAUUGUGCAUUAAAAUCCCCAAGAAAUUCGUCGGCAGCAACAGUUACAUCAAUAUCAGCCUUAAAACAUAUUUUUCACAUUGGAAAAUUUCGCAAAUUGAAAAUUUCAUUAAUAUUGCUGGGAAAAGGAAUUAAACGAUGGCUGAAAGAAUUCUUCGGAUAGGAACGCGAGUAGAAAUCAAGGAAAAAGGUGUCAAAGGAACAGUCCAAUACAUUGGAUUAACAUCUUUUGCAGCUGGAAAAUGGGUUGGAGUGGUGCUGGAUGAACCUAAAGGUAAAAAUAAUGGCACCAUCAAAGGAACUCAAUACUUUUCAUGCCAAGACAGUUAUGGAAUGUUUGUACGUGAUACACAAUGUAUUUUUCUGGACGAUGCUGACAAUCCAAUUCUGGAUAGUCCCGAUGAAAAGCCUAGAUCACGUCUGAGCACUUCUGGUUCAUCGAGGUCACUUUUAUCACUAUCCGGUAGCAAUCCAGUUGCAAAACCUACAGCUUCAAGACUAUCUUUAACGGGUAGUCGUACUAGUUUGUCUGGUUCGAGAUCGCAAUUAGCACAGCCAAUGGCUAUAAGUAGUGAAAAACAAGAUUCUAUAAAAGCCACUAGACCAUCAAUGAGUCCUGCUGAUAGCGUUUCAACAUCAAAACGUGCUUCAUUUGUAGAAACUGGAUUUUUAGAGACUUUAAAGCCACAAUUUACAUUGGGACAAUCGCUGAUAUCUCCAACAGUCGUUCCAACAAGCGAAGAUAAGCUUCAUAUAUCGCAAUUGACACAAGAAAAUGAAGAUCUAAAGAAGCAAGUUCAAGACUUGAAUGAAAAGUUAGAGACAUUAAAAAUGAGAAGGUCCGAAGAUAAGGAACGAAUGAGGGAGUUCGAUAAAAUGAAAAAUCAAUUUGAUCAACUUCAAGAGUUUAAGAGUAAAAUUAUGGAAGCACAAUCAAGUUUACAGCGUGAAUUGCAACGUGCCAAACAAGAAGCUAAAGAUGCAAUUGAAGCUAGGGAUAAUCAUCAAGAAGAAAUGGCAGAAUUGACUGAAAAUGUUGAGCUAAUCACUUUAGAUAAAGAAAUGGCCGAAGAGAAAGCUGAUACUCUUCAGUUGGAACUAGAAAAUGCAAAAGAAAGAAUCGAGGAACUGACUCUUGAUCUUGAGAUAUUAAAAACGGAAAUGCAAGAACGAACCACAAUUAAAUCUGAAGGAAAUGUUGGUACUGGGGAGUCUGGAGGCGUUUCUGUGUAUGAAAUGAAGCAAUUGGAACAGCAAAAUACUAGAUUACGUGAAACGCUGGUUCGAAUGCGUGAUCUUUCAGCACACGAGAAGCAUGAGAUCCAAAAGUUGCAAAAAGAAUUGGAAAUGAAGAAAUCUGAAGUUCAGGAAUUGCAGAGAACUAAAGAGAAGCUUUCGAGUCGCGUUGAUGAGUUGGAGGCUCAAAUUGUUGAGUUGCAGGAAGAGGUUGAUGCUGCUUUGGGUGCUGAAGAGAUGGUUGAACAACUGGGCGAGAAGAAAAUGGAACUAGAAGAAAGAGUGAAGCAAUUAGAAGAGGAAGUUUCUGAAUUAGAAGCUUUAGAAGAAGUACACGAACAACUGGUCGAAUCUAAUCACGAAUUAGAGCUUGAUUUACGUGAAGAAUUGGAUAUGGCAACAUCGGCAAAAAGGGAAGCUUUAAGGGAAAAAGAUGCAGCACUAGAAACUGUGCAUGAUCGUGACACAACAAUUCUUAAGUUUAGAGAAUUAGUUCAACGAUUAAAUGAUCAAAUACAAGAGUUGAGAGAUAAAGUUAAUCGAGAAUCAAGAACUGCCGAGAGUGAUCAUAAAAUUACAGAAACAAUUGACUUUAAGCAGAUCUUUACGGACGCUAAGGCUCAUACUCGUGCAAUUGAUUUACAAUUGAGACAAAUUGAAUUGACUGAAGUUAAUGAGCACAUAAAAUACUUGUUAAGCUUUAUGCCUGAAACAUUUAUGGCUCGUGGCGGUGAUCACGAUGCAAUUUUGGUCAUUCUACUCGUUUCAAGAAUAGUCUUUAAAGCUGGAAUAAUUGUAACACAAGUAAGAGAUCGUUACGGACCAGUUUCAUUGAUUGAUAGAAAUGCCACCAUGCAAGGACAUGCUGUACACCAAUUUGCAUUCCGCUCACGUUUACUCUACUUUAUUCAUAAUCUCCAACAAGUCAUGCAUCAAUUCCUAUUUGGAUUGAGUUCAUGUACACCUGAAGUCUUACUUAAAAUCGGUUCGUCUCUGCCUGAAAUGUUUGCACAAGAGAAAAUAAUCGAUGCAAUUAUUGAUCUCCUUAAACAGAAUCAAUUGGAUGAAAAUUCGUCGACAGAUAAUUUGGAGAAAUGUGUGUCAUUCUUUAAUGCUAUUUAUUCGGUGCUACUCGCUAGUGAAGGCUUAACGAAUGAAACUCAAACAGUCCGCGACUGCAUUGCUGCAUUAUUUAUGGGAUGUGAUUCAAUUGAGACAAAUAGUGCAAUGAUUCGUGCAUUAAUUCAAGGUGGUGAUGAGACAAGCGAAAGUGGCUUGUUGCUUCAAUUUGUUAUUCAGACAUGUGAUAACAUUAGACAACAUUUGAAGCUUAUUAAGCGUCGCUUACCACAAGAUAUUGGAGUUACUAAAUGUAACUUAUCAAUGAAUACAUUACAGAAUCUUAAAACAACAGUUGAUAAUUAUAGUAAGCUUCUUACUUUAAUGCAUCUUACAUCUAAGCAUGUAAUCGCUUAUAUCACUUCCGAUGCUGUCGAUGCCACAUCUGUUGUGGCAAUUUCGAAUGCAAAAUUAUGGGAAUUGCUUUCACAAUUAUGUGAACGUGUUUAUGAGCAAGAUGAUCGUGGAAUAUCUCAGAAUGUAAAGACUCUUUUGACUAAUGCUAAUAUAGACAUGUCUCAAUUAGCACAAUAUUUGUUAGAUCAUGAAUAUGAGAUUAUGUCAGCGGCACAAAAUGAAAAGAAACAAGCUCCAAUUGCAGUUCGAGCACAUACAGUCAAGAAACAUUUGGAAGAGACAAAGACAUUAACGGCAACAUUAGAGAAUCGCGAUGCUGAGAUUAGACAGCUUAAAAUGAGCUUGAAGAUGAAACAGAAUGAAUUGUCUGAAAUGCAGAUUCGUAAGGAUUUAGCAGAGAAGAAAUUGUCUGUCUUACAGCUCGAUCAUGAGUCUAAUUCGACCAAGUUACAGAAGGAAUUGGAAGAGGCGCUAGAAAAGAUUGAAAGACAGGAGAAGGAAUACGAAAAGACAAUGGAUCAUUUGCAGAGUGAUAUUGACUCAUUAGAGCACGAACGUGGUGCUUUAAGAGAGAAACUGAAAGUUUAUGGCACUAAACGAGGAGAUUUGAAGACGACAACUGCAUUAGACAUAACUGCUAGUUCUCCAUAUAUUGCUCAGGAACUGUCAUAUCUUCAGAUGGCACUCAAGAGUGAACGUCAAGAAAGAAUGAAGAUUCAAGCACAAGAUUAUGAAAAGAUUCUGAAAAACUUAAAACCUUUGCAUGUCCCUAAACUUCGAGAUCCUAAACUUGAAGCUUUAGAUGAUGAAUUGAGAAAGGUCAAAUACGAUAUGAUCAUGUCACUCGUUAAAGGCUCAGAAAUUCCAGCAACAAAUGCAAAAUACGGAAACUUUACGAAAAUAGUUCAAGACCAUAAGAAUCGUCAACAGAAGAUUAUUAAUCAAAUUAAUGCUAAAGUUGAGUAUGUAGCAGGCGAAAUAGUCCAAGAAUAUCUCGAUAGAAAGCCUUACAAUGCAGUAAAUUCGACUGGCUUUGCAAAAUUCCCAAAAAGUGAUGCUAUUAAAGAAUUCUAAGGACAAUGGGACCUUUAAGCAUGAAUUCUAAAUGAUUCCUUAUUCCAUUAAUCACACUUUGUACUUUACACAAAUAUCCCAUUAAACUUAUUAAUUUAAUUAAAUUAUUAUAUGCUUUGCGCAUUAUACUCUGCUCCUUUUUUAAAUCAACAUAAUUAUUAUUAAUAAAGGUAAUGCCUUGCUCUAUAAAUUAAUGAUUUAAGCGUAAAUUUUAUUUAUCUUUUCCAUUAUGAAAGUGUAGCAUUUAACGACUUUCAGGUAUAUCUUGAAUAAAUACAACUUUACAUGACUGUCUCGUCACUUUUUUUUUGUUCCUCGUUAAAACAUUGUAUUCUUUUGAUUAAACAUUUAUAUUCAAAGAUGUCGUGUGUGUUGGUGGUUAAUUUAAUUAAAUUAUCAUAUCUUGUAGUAUUAUUAAGGGACAGCAGCUUCAGAAAAGGUCGGUUACUCGAUGUAUGUCAGUUUCCUUGAGAGAAUUUCGUUCAGAACCCUACAAAUGUAUAUACUCAAAACUGUUGUAUUGUUUUAAGAUUUAAAUCUUUUUAGACGUUAAAAUUUGAACUCUUUUACUGUUGUAGGGUUUUGAGAUUCUUUAAAAAAUCAACGGUAAAAAUUUGAAAAUAUUUUGACGGUUAAUUUUGACAUUUUUAAUUUGAUGCUUGAUUUUCAGCUGUUAUCCCUUGUAUUAUUAAUCUAAAUACUUUUGCUUUUUGAUAUAAUUCGUUUGUCAUGUAGGUAUAUCCACUUUUGAUUAUAACAAUAAAUAAUGAUUGGUGAGUUUUAUCAUAUUUGUAGUAUUGAAUUUGAUUUAGUUAUCGGCUAAAGCACAUCUUUCGUUUUCCUCGUGUCCUAUGCAUUCUACAGCAGGAUGAUGAGCACUAUCCCAUAUCCCUGGGCCACAUCGUCUGCAUAACUUUAAUAAACUGCACGGUAUCUUUGGAAAUUGUCUAAAUUGGUACAGUAAACCGCGAGCUUUUCUUAAGAUUAAUUGUCCGUCCAUGUACAUUGCUGUUUACAGGAACAACAAGAAAAAAUUAUUAAUGACUCUAAAUUCAUUGCAUUAUUAAUCAUCAUACCUAAGGAACUAAAAUGAAGCAGCAUCUCGUCCGUUCGUAGAUCCUGAGCAAUCACGUCAUCAGCAUAAGCACUAAUAAUCGCAAGACAAACGAAGAGAUGAAAAUAAUCGGUUAAAUAAUUUGCCCAGCAAGCUUCCCAAAUAC